AACCCUCUUUCUAUUUCGCCGCCGCUACUGCUCCUUUCUCCAACUAAAACCCUUUCUCUCGCUCUCUCUGCAUUCUGCCCGCCGCCAUGGCCGGACUCUGCCGCUUGCGUGUGGCGGCGCAACCGAGGGCGCGUAAUCGUAUUGGCACCGUGCUCAGCCGAGGUUACGGAUCGGCGGCAGCGGCUCAGGUCCAGUACGACUCCGACUACGACUACGAUGAGUACGCCAGCGAACCGUACGGUGAUCGGAACAGGAUGGCCAUGGAGGAUUCUGAGGGAUCGUUGCCGGGGAGAGGUGUGCAGUGGCUGAUUAUGGGGGAUCCAAUCGCGAAGAAGCACGUGUAUGCGGAGAGGCUCUCGAAGCUUCUCCAAGUCCCUCACAUUUCCAUGGGCUCUCUCGUUCGCCAGGAGCUACACCCUCGUUCCUCCCUCUAUAAGCAGAUUGCGACGGCUGUUAAUCAAGGCAAGCUAGUUCCAGAAGAGAUAAUCUUUGGUCUGUUGUCAAAAAGGUUGGAAGAAGGGUACUCUCGGGGUGAAACUGGAUUUAUUUUGGAGGGAAUUCCACGUACAAAGAUCCAAGCUGAGAUCCUCGACCAACUUGCUGAUAUUGAUUUAGUUGUGAAUUUCAAAUCCGCAGAGAAGUCCUUGUUGGAACAACAUAUAAGAAAUGGAAUUUAUUCUCCAGGUCAUGAAUUUCUCAGCAUGAGCAAGUCUGGAUUAAAACGAAAUAUGCCCUUACAUGACAAUCCAAAAUCUUCAAGUGCUGAUGCAGAAGUCGCCUGGAAAGAGAAACUUCGUAUCUAUGCUGAGCAGAGCAAGCCAUUAGAAGAUUAUUAUAGGCAACAGAAGAAGCUUCUUGACUUUCAAGUGGAAGGUGCAGCUGCAGAGACCUGGGAAGGUCUCUUGGCAGCAUUACAUCUUCAGCAUAUGAAUGCUGUCAGUUCCUCACAGAAGUUGACUGCAUGAUCCGUCGUCCAAUCUGUUCUGCCAACUUUUCAUUCCUUAGUUCGGCUUCAUAGUAAAUAUAAUCAAUAUUGAGUGGUAGCAUAGUUGCCUGGAGUUUUCCCCUGCGUGUCUCCAGCCUAGUUUUGAAUGAAGACUUUUGAGUUUUUCCUAUUUUUGUUUGCCAAUUGCAAUGCAUUAAGGUGACGCGAGUUUGUAAUGUAAGAUCCAUCGUCCGGCCAAGAAGCUGAACAGGCAGUUAAGAACAUUUGGCUUGUUUUACCAUCAUGCAUACAUAUUCAGGUCGUUAUUUUACCCUCCA